AUGCUUCGCAUGGUCACAGCCGUCGGACCAGCAGUCCUUCAGCACCGGCUACGGCAGCCUUCGUCGGUGCGGGUGGUGGGCUGCGGCACUUUUGGUGCGAUCCGUACGUACGCCGCCAAGGCAACGGCGGCGUCCACAGAGACGGAACCCACGUUGAGCUAUACCGCUAGUAAGAUUGCCGCCAAGGAGAGGCGACGUAAGCUGUACGAAGCCAGCCAGGAGCGUAUGGAACGCAUAAAGACUCGUCGAGAAGGGAGGGUCCGUGGAAAGCAGCGGCGGGAGUUUCGUAAAUGGUUUAUCCGGAAAAAAGUUGACGAAGAGUACAUGAACCGCAAAGCUCGUCAAGCCGAACUAGGAUGGAAACACCAAGUGGCCGUCAUUCUAACGCGGACGGAAGUGGUACUGCCGGAUAUGGAACCUUGGGAAGAGGAGUACGAGAACCUAUCCGCUCAUUUGGCCCAGUUUGGAAAAGAGUAUCCUCCAGAAUUUGGUGGCCGGAUAAAGACGGAUGACCAACCUAUAGCAAUGACGCAGGAAGAAUUACUAAAGCUUCUUCCGGAAGGCUUUACACCUGCACCGCGCGAAACGGUAGCUGACGAGACUGGUGACGUGCGAACGACGGAUCGGAAACUCAAAACAAGCAUUUACCUUAUGGUACAGCAGGACCAAGAUCAAUGGCAGUUUCCUACCGUCGACUUGAAUGAGGAUGAAACCAUAUUGGAAGCUGCCGAGCGCACACUCAAGGAUAUUAUCGGGCCAGAAGUCGAGUACUGGUGCAUUACUAAUGCACCAUGUGCGGUUGACAUGGAAGCGUUGCCUGCCGAAAGCCGUACUGAUGUCUACGGUACAAAGACUUUCUUUAUGAAAAUAUAUUACGACGAAGGGAGCGUGAAUACAUCCAGUUUGAAAGCCAAAGACUUUGCCUGGCUAGACCGCGAUGAGGCCACGGAAAGAGUACAAAAGGAUCAAGGCGAUUACGUUGCAAAGUUUUAUCACUACUUGCUAUAA